AUGACGUUCCUGCUGCCCAACAGCACAGACGGGGCCUGGGUGAGCGAUGUGGAGCUGCUGGAGUGGGAGGAGUGGUCGCCCUGCGUGGAGGGGAUCAUCCCUGUAAUUUACUACAGCGUCCUGCUGGGCCUGGGGCUGCCAGUUAACAUCCUGACGGCCAUCGCCCUGUCCCGCCUGGCUGCCAGGACAAAGAAAUCGUCCUACUGGUACCUGCUGGCCCUGACCGCCUCCGACAUCCUCACCCAGGUCAUCAUUGUCUUCAUGGGCUUCAUCCUGCAGAUGGCCAUCCUGGCCCACAAGGUGCCCCAUGCCUUCCUCCACACCGUCAAUGUGCUGCAGUUUGCAGCCAACCAUGCCUCCAUCUGGGUGACUGUGCUGCUGACGGCCGACCGCUAUGUGGCGCUGUGCCACCCGCUGCGCUACCGCAUGCUCUCCUACCCCGAGCGCACCCGGAAGAUCAUCGCUGCCGUCUUCUGCACGGCGCUGGCCACCGGGAUCCCCUUCUACUGGUGGCUGGACAUCUGGCACGACUCCCAACCACCCACCACCGUGGACAAGGUCCUCAAGUGGAUUCACUGCUUCACCAUGUACUUCAUCCCCUGCAGCAUCUUCCUGGCCACCAACUCCGUCAUCGUCUGUAAGCUCAAGUGGGGGAACCGGGUGGAUGGGCACCACCGACGCGUGGGCAAGACCAUUGCCAUGCUGAUGGCCGUCACCGCCAUCUUCACUGUGCUGUGGGCGCCCCGGACGUUCGUUAUCCUCUUCCACCUCUACAUGGGCUCCACUAACAAGAACCGGAGGCUGCAUGUGGCUCUGAACCUGGCCAACAUGAUUGCCAUGCUCAACACCACCGUCAACUUCUUCUUCUACUGCUUCGUCAGCAAGACCUUCCGCCGCACGGCCGGCGAGGUGAUCCGCUCCUGCAGUCCCUUUUGCAAGCCCACAAACGGGGGCUUUCUGCACUCGGCUCUGAAACCGCUGGGGCUGCUGGAGAAUGUGUCCCUUUAGGGCAACAGAGUCGGUGUGGUCCUGCUCUCGAAGGGUUCCCAGUCAUGGGAAUGUGUAGCUCAGCUACCCCAUUCCCACGUGUCCCUGCGGAUCCCAGUCGCCGAGGGGCUUGGGCUGAGGGCGAGAUGGGACGUGCAGCAGCCAGGGCAAGGAGGUGAGUUACAGUGUACUGGCUGGAUAGGAGACAGCUGGCACUAGCUGGUAUGGGCAAGAUGCCAGCUGGUACAGUGGCCCCAACAGAGCAGGAACCCUCAGACCUGGGGGCCUGACUUGAGGCAUCUGUGAUUGCUCUGAACUCAUGUUCUGACUGCUGAAGGGAACCAGGCUGCCCCGAUCCUGAGCCCAUGACACCGUACUGAGUAAGUGCCAGGCCUAGUUCACUAGGCUGCUCCACCCAGUGCUGCUCUCCCACGAGGUCCAUCUGGGCCCUCAGCAAGGGUCAGGCUGUGGGGAGGCCUGUUUUAAUACCUGGGCCCAGAGGGAGGAGACACACCGGUGUCUGGGGAUGCUACAGAGGGUGCUAAGCCCUUAGCAUCCCACCAUGUAUCCCAGGGACGUUUGAUUGUCGGGUGGGGAAGCCGAGAUGGUGUGGAACUAAAGGACAUGCCCACAGUUACCUGGCAAGGCUGUGACCCAGAUGGGAAUGGAACCCAGGAACCCUGAACACUAGGUCAGACUGCUCACCCGGCCAUUUGCAGCUUCUGGCCCCCCGAGAUGCCAGUUCAGUCAGGUCGGAGCAUUUAAUCUCUUGCUGCGUCAGUGCCCAUCACUCCUGAA